AUGCCAGUAAGACCAGAUCUCCAGCAGUUGGAAAAAUGCAUUGAUGAUGCUUUAAGAAAAAAUGAUUUCAAACCUUUGAAAACACUUUUACAAAUUGAUGUUUCUGAAGAUGUGAAGAUUAAAUGCAGCAAACAGUUUUUCCAUAAGUUGGAUGAUCUUAUAUGCAGGGAACUUAAUAAGAAGGAUAUCCAAACUGUAUCAAUCAUUUUGAUUUCUUUUGGAAGAUGUAGCAGGAACAUCAGUAUUUUGGGGCAAGCUGGACUUCUAACUUUGAUUAAACAAGGAUUAGUCCAAAAGAUGGUUGCCUGGUUUGAAAAAUCCAAGGAGAUAAUUUUGAGUCGAGGAAAUUCAAAAGAUGAAGCUACUAUAAAUCUAAUAGAAGACUUAUUUGAUCUUUUGAUGGUCAUAUAUGGCAUCAAUGAUGAAGGUAAAAAGCAAGUAGUGGAAAAUUUCAUACCUCGAAUUUGUGCCCUGAUUAUUGACUCAAGAGUGAAUAUUUGUAUUCAGCAGGAGACUCUAAAAAAAAUGAAUGCUAUGCUUGACAAAAUGCCUCAAGAUGCCAGGAAAAUACUCUACAACCAAGAUGUGUUAAUUCUCAUGAAUAGUAUGGGAGAAAGGAUUUUAGAUGCAGGAGAUUAUGACUUACAAGUAGGCAUCGUAGAGGCUUUAUGUAGAAUGACAACAGAAAAACAAAGACAGAAACUGGCAAGUCAUUGGUUUUCAAUGGAUUUUAUUGCUAAUGCAUUUAAAGGAAUUAAAGACUCUGAAUUUGAAACAGAUUGCAGGAUUUUUCUCAACCUUGUAAAUGGCAUGCUUGGAGACAAGAGAAGGGUCUUUACAUAUCCUUGUUUAUCAGCAUUUCUUGAUAAAUAUGAGCUGCAAAUACCAUCAGAUGAAAAACUUCAGGAAUUUUGGAUUGAUUUUAAUCUUGGGAGCCAGACUCUAUCAUUCUAUAUUGCUGGAGAUGAUGAUCAUCAGUGGGAAGCAGUCACUGUGCCUGAGGAAGAAGUACAAAUAUACAGCAUUGAAGAGAAAGAAUCAAAGAAGCUACUGACCAUAAUUCUGAAAAAUAUUUUAAAAAUUAGUAACACAAAAGGGAAAGAAUUGCUUUUGUAUUUUGACGCUUCAUUAGAAAUCACUGUUGUGACACAAAAACUUUUUGGUGCAAAUAAACAUUGGGAGUUUACCAGCAAACAAGGUAUUUCAAUUGCCGAAACACCUGUGCAUAUACUUUUUGAUGCAAGUGGAUCACAGAUUCUUGUGCCAGAAAGUCAAAUCUCACUAGAUGCAGAAGAACUCAUUAGUUUGAAAGAAAAUCCUAACUCUCCAAAGGAAUUUGCUAAACCUCCAGAACGUAUUAAAAAUAGUACUCAAGGGGACAGAAAAAAUAGUCAAUCUGAGAUAAUCACUCCUGGCAAAAGAAAAAUGUCUGAAGCUUCAAUCCUUGUUACUGGUGCAGAAAUAUACAACAAGAGAAGUCCAUUACAUUUAAUCAACGCAUCAGCACCACGAAGAGGAAAAAUUAAACCACCGCUACAAGUGAGGAGUUCUGCAGAGAAACUUGGUGUUUCUAAAACUGGAGUGGAUAAUGCUGUAUCACAUCAGUCUAAAUCACCUGCAGAAAGAAGUAGAGGAGAUGAGACACACAAACAUAUGAAUAAUGCUGACGUUACAGAAAAGACAGAAAAUAAGGACAUUGAAUUCCUAAACCAAAAUUUUAAUGACUCCAAGAAUUUUGUUCUCGGUUCUCAAGCAGCAGGAAAAAUAGAUAAAUCUGUGUUACCUGACGUUUCAUACAACAUUCAUGGAAAUAAAAUGCCUUCUAAAUGGGCAUGUUGGACGCCUGUAACAAAUAUUAAUCUGUGUAAUAAUCAAAGAGCAAGUACUUCACAAGGAGACACAUUUCUUCAAGGUGAAACAUACAAUACUGCUAUCAACAAAAACAAAUCAUCCUCUUCAGUAUCUGAUGAUAAUUCUGAAGAAACAGGAAAGGUGGAAUAUAAAAAAGAAAUAAUGCAGUGUAACAAAAUAGAUAAAGGAGUAGAUGGUUGCAGAAGAACCAAUGAGCAACUAAAUCAAUGUUCAAAGCAGAAAAAUAUUGAAAAUACCAAGCAAAGUGAUUGGCAUAUUGAAUCUGAAACUACUUUUAAAUCAGUUCUCCUAAAUAAGACGGUUGAAGAAUCUCUCAUCUAUAGGAAGAAAUACAUAUUGUCAAAAGAUGUGAAUACUGCUAUUUGUGAUAAAAGCCCCUCUCAUAGUAAAAAUACAAAGAGUAUUAGGAAAUCAAGGAAAAGAUUAACAUCUGAAUUUAAUUUCUUGGAUUUGAAACAAAACAAAAUGAGAGAAAAGUCAAAAGGGAAAAUACUUGCUGAUGCAGCAGAAUCCUUGAUAAGUCAAAUUAAUAAGAGAUACAAACCAAAGGAUGGUAUACAGUCUGCAAGAAAGUUAAAGGAGUCUUUCAUUAACAGUGGUCUUUCAAACAAAUCUGAUCUACAGCUCAGUAAGGAAAAGGGUCAGAAAAAAAGUUAUAGACAAUUGAAGACUACUUUUGUUAAUGUUACUUCUGAACAUUCAUUGAAUGAUGUUUACAAUUUUAAUUUGAAUGGAGCUGAUGAGCCUAUUAUAAAACUUGGGAUCCAGGAAUUUCAAGCUACAGCUAGAGAAGCCUGUAUGGAUAAUUCAAUAAAAUUUGUUGGUUUAAGGAAUCAUGAUGAAUUUGAACCUUCUCUCAAAACCAAAGAUAAAAAAGUUGUAAGAAGACAUAAAAAUAAAAACCUCUUUAGUGAUACUGACACAGAAUACAGUUGUGAUGACGGCAAGACUGACAUUAGCUGGUUAAGAGAGUCAAAAUCAAAACCACAGCUAAUAGGAUAUAGCAGAAAUAAAAGUGUGAAGAAGAAAGAGAAAUGUAGAAAAUCAAGACCAUCUUUGGAAAGAGAACCAUCAAGUCCUAAAAUGACAUAUAAGAAGAAUAUCACUAAAAAGGUAGAUGAAACCAUUCAAGAUGGGAGAACCAGACUUCCACGAAGAGCAGCAAACACCCAAAAAAAUUAUAAAGAUCUCUCAAAUUCAGAAUCAGAAAGUGAACAAGAAGUUUCACACUCAUUGAAAGAGAAAUUGCUAGUACAGGAGGAGAAUAUCCAUUCCAGAAGCAAAACCAUGAAGCUGCCAAAGAAACAGCAGAAUGCUUUCUCUGCGGAAACACACAAGGAUAUAUCAAAAGAAUGGGCAAGCUCAUCUCUCCUAAAAAGUACUACUAUAAGAGACAACAGCCUUGACUUAUCUUCUGUGUCUUUACCUGGAAGUCCACCCUCUAUAGAAGUAAUGAGAUGCACAGAAAAAAUAACAGAAAGGGAUUUUACUCAGGAUCAUGACUGUAUAAUGAAAUCCUUAUCACCCAAUACAAAAACUUCCUCACCUGAGUCCUUCAACAGUAAAUAUGGAGUGGAAGGUCCAGUAAAUUCACUGAAAAACAGUGAGAAAAAUUUACUAUGUGCAAGAGAAAGUUCACCAGUUCCACAAUCAUGCUCUUUGUGCAAACAUACCCCAGGUAUUAAAAAUAAUACUAUUGUAAAUAGAAAAAAAUUAAAUUCUGUGGUACUUAAAAAAGAACCAUAAAACCACAAUAGCUAUAAAGAUGUAAGCAAGUAUAGUUCAGGGAAAAAACAGUUUAUGGAUAUUAAACCUCUAAAUAUCAAUGACAAUCAUAUGCAAACCAAAAGGGAGAGAGAUGAAAGUCAUUCAGCAUCUCUACUAUCCCUGUCUAGUGAAGAAGGAGAGAAAAUAAGAUGUGACAUACCCUGUGACUCCACUCAUGUAUCAGGUCCUACACUCCAUGUUAAUCGCAAACGAAUGUACAUAGAAAACAUUAAUCCUGAUGAAGUAGGAUUGGAAGAGGAAGAGGAAGGUAGAGCAAACUUGCUUCAUCAAAAACUGUCUAAAAUGGAAAAUGCAGAUGAUCACAGUCACAAAAUGUCUGAAAGUACAUCUCCAUUGUCUGCAAAUGACUUUUCUAUUCCUGAGAAGAGCUGGGGAACUGAAAUUUCAGAUGUAGACAUGAUGUGUGAGCAGUUCAAUAGAGAAUUUAAGAAGAAAUAUAAUAGUCACCACAAGUUGAUGGAUAAUUUUACUAUGCAGUCUUGGAAAACAGCUCAACAACAUCUGAAAAUAAUGAACCAUCAUAUUCAGGAAUACAGGAUAAAAAAACUUGAUAAAUUCCAGUUCAACAUCAUAAAAGAGUUGGAGAAUUUUGAAAAAGAUUCACAGACCUUAAAAGAUUUGGAGAAGGAAUUUGAGGACUUUGGAGAAAAGAUGGUUCAGAAGUUCAGUGUCUAUAAAAAAAGUGAACAAGAGAGGAUUCACAUUUUGAAAGCUUCCUUGGACAAAAAUGUCUUCUAUGGUACGGAUCGAGAAGAAACUAUUUGUACAUCUGAGAUGUGUUUCAUGAAAGAAAACAUGAAAAUUCUGCAAGACAAGCUUCUUAAGAAAAUGCAAGAAGAGGAGCUUCUUAAUGUACGCAAAGGACUGCUGUCAUUAUUCAUGGCUUGUGAAACAAAUGUUAAUGUGGAGAUCUAGCUGUUACCAAGUUCUAUCCAAUUCCUUUUUGUAUAUAACAGGAAAUACCAAAUACAAAGAAAAAAUACAUGUACCCCAGGAAAGAGACCUUUGACUCUGAAUUCAAGGAAAUAUCUUAUGUAUGAGAAAACAAACCCUAAACUUGUCUGUACAAUAUCACUCUUUUUUUUUUUUGCUUCUUUUGUAGUAACAUUUGCAUUAAGCAGAUAAUAGUGAGUUAACUAUACUGAAUUAUAUUUAUUAUAUUUACAAAACUAAUUUAAUCAACUAAAAUUUAUCACAUAAGAAGUAUUUUAAACAUAUACAGUUUUAUAUAUUAUAUUACUACUAGAGGCCCCAUGCAUGAAAUUCAUACAUGGGUAG